AUGUCUCUACGAAAAUCUUUACAGAUUCUGAAGAGAAAUGUCUUGUGGAUUAUUGUGCAGCAAACUCGUGAAGAGAUAAAAAAACGUCCCAUCAUGAACAAAAGGAAAUUGCAACAAAAUAAAAAAAAUCAAAUAUCCGAAGAGAGCAACAGAGUAACAAAAAAAAAUAAAAUUAAAAGACAAUUAUAUGCUGAGAAGGACAUAUGCGUCAUGUGUGGUGAGGCUGGCCGAGACAACGAAAUGUGGUUUCGUUGCAGAAAUUGUGCCAAGUGGGCUCACGAGCUCUGCACGAGUGUUUCUAGUGCAGUUGAUUACAUUUGCGAAUUUUGCAUACAUGAAUAA